AUGGAUCUCCUCCUCUGUUUAAAUAGACUUGCGGUGUCAAUCAUUUUCUUCUUCGUCAGCCUCCCUUCCACCGCCAUAUUGGGCAACUAAAAAAAAGGGGGCUCGUCCUUUCGGGGUGUUUUUCUCCCCUUCCCCUGUCCCCACUGCCUCGCCGCUCCGCGACGCCGACGUCCGCAAGGUUUGGAGAGCCGCUCGGUUGGCGCGACCCGCGGGCUCGCAGCAGCCCGGGCUUGGACCGGCUCUGCCGCCCCCUCCUCUCCCCUCCUCUCCUCUCCCCUCCUCUCCUCUCCCCUCCUCUCCUCUCCCCUCCUCUCCUCUCCCCUCCUCUCCUCUCCUCUCCUCUCUCCUCCCCACCCCUCCCCUCCCCGCCCUCCCGCCCGCCGGUCCUCUAGAGCGGCGGCGGCUCUCGGCUGCGGGCCGGGGCUUCCCCUCACCCUCACCCUCACCCUCACCCCCACCCCCCACCCCUCCCGCCUCCCCCGAGCCAGCGCGCCCCUGACGCCCGGGCAGUUUCUUGUGCGUGUUUGUUUCUCUUGGCUCCGAGCGCGAUCGCAGGGCUUCAUAAGGGGGGGUUCGGGCUGGGUCGGGGCGUCUUGUUUUGUUCAGUUUUGUUUUCCGAGAGAGGGAGAGAGCGCGCGCGCUCGCGGCGGUCGUGCAGACCGGGGAGGAAGAUGUCAAACGUGCGAGUGUCUAACGGGAGCCCGAGCCUCGAGCGGAUGGACGCCAGACAGGCCGAGUUCCCCAAGCCCUCCGCCUGCAGGAACCUCUUCGGCCCGGUCAACCACGAAGAGUUGACCCGGGACUUGGAGAAGCACUGCAGAGACAUGGAAGAGGCGAGCCAGCGCAAGUGGAAUUUUGAUUUCCAGAAUCACAGGCCCCUGGAGGGCAAAUACGAGUGGCAGGAGGUGGAGAAGGGCAGCUUGCCCGAGUUCUACUACAGACCCCCGCGGCCACCCAAAGGCGCCUGCAAGGUGCCGGCGCAGGAGAGCCAGGACGUCAGCGGGACCCGCCAGGCGGGGCCUUUCCUGGGGUCUCAGGCUAACUCAGAGGACACACACUUGGUAGACCCAAAGACUGAUGCGCCCGACAACCAGACGGGGCUAGCGGAGCAGUGCACCGGGAUAAGGAAGCGACCCGCGACCGACGAUUCCUCUCCUCAAAACAAAAGAGCCAACAGAACAGAAGAAAACGUCUCAGACGGUUCCCCGAACGCGGGUUCAGUGGAGCAGACGCCCAAGAAGCCGGGCCUCAGAAGACGGCAAACGUAAACGUAAACUGCUCGAAUUAAGAGCAUGUUUCCUUGUUUAUCAGAUACAUCACUGCUCGAUGAAGCAAGGAAGAUAUAAAUUAAAAAUUUUAAAUACAUAUCGCUGACUCCAUGGAAUGGACAUCCUAUAUAAGCACUGAAAAACAACCAACACAAUAACACUAAAAUUUUAGGCACUCUUAAAUGAUCUGCCUCUAAAAGCAUUGGAUGUAGCAUUGUGCAAUUAGGUUUUUCCUUAUUUGCUUCAUUGUACUACCUGUGUAUAUAGUUUUUACCUUUUAUGUAGCACAUAAACUUUGGGGGAAGGGAGGGGAGGGUGGGGCUGAGGAAUUGCCAUGGGGGGCUAUGAAGAGCUUGCUUCCAUUUAGAGCAAGGAGAAAAGUAUAUGACUUGCAUGGAGAGAAGCAGUUUGGGGAAGGAUUUGAAUUGUUUUCUUUAAAGAUGUAAUGUCUCUUUCAGUGAAAACUGGUAAUUCAUUUUAAAAAAUCAUCCGAAUUUGAACACUGGUUGCAAAUAAUUGCUAAUUAUUUUUACAUGAAGCUUUUUCUUAUUUGGGAGCUCAAAGAUUCCGUUAUAUAGUAAUAAAUGGCUUUUUUUUCUUUAACAGCAAAAACUAUCUUCAGUACUCUACCCCCCCCACCCCCCCAUCCCCAUUUUUUCAUAAAAUCGGAAUUUACCAGUUAAUUAUUCAGCAGUUAGGUAAUCAUUCCAGGUAAUUCUGGGCAAAAUUCUGGGGUAUAUAUGUGUGUGUGUGUGUGUGUGUUGGGGGGGGAUGGUAAUUCUGAAUGCUCAGAAUCAACCAUCUAAUUUUUAUCAGGUUUAUUGAGAAAUUUUCUUUGGACUUUGGGCUAUGUAGACACAGUCAAAAUAAUUUUAAAUCUUGGGAAAAAUUUUAAAGAUCUGUAACUUCACACAAAAAAAAUAAUGAAAUAAUUUUUAAUUUAAAGCUUCUCGUUCUAUUGGUUAAUUUGCCCAAAGGAAAUGUUUUUAAAAGAAAGUGUGUAUAAAGAAAAGCACACGUGGAAUUACUGAAAUGGAUACUACAUCUUUAAACAGUAUUUUUACAUUGCCUGUGUAUGUGUAUGAAACAAAACCAGUUGAAGUGUACCUGUGUACAUAACUCUGUAAAGACACUGAGAAAUUAUACUAACUUAUUUAUGUUAAAAAGAGAUUUUUUUUUUUAAUCUAGACCAUAUACAAGCCAAAGUGGCAUGUUUUGUGCAUUUGUAAAUGCUGUAUUGGGUAGAAUAGUUUUUUUCCCUUCUGUUAAAUAAUAUGGCUAUGCUUAAAAGGUUGCAUACUGAGCCAAGUAUAAUUUUUUGUAAUGUGUGAAAAAGAUGCCAAUUAUUGUUACACAUCAAGCAAUCAAUAAAGAAAACUUCCAUAGCUAUUCA